AACAGGAUUUAAUACUGGGACCGGGACUGAGUCCGGGUGGUUUGGAGCGGGCGGCGGAGACAGCAACAGCGGGAGAGAGGUGGGGGUACGGAGGUGGCAUGGCUUCGUCACAAGGCAAGUACGAUGUGAGGUUUUCCGACUGGAUGGCAGCUCUGCCCAGCAGCAUCCACCGCAUUUCACUCACCAACCUGGCCAUCCCUGGUUCUCAUGACUCAUUUAGCUUUUACAUCGAUGAAGCUUCUCCAGUUGGUCCUGAACAGCCAGAGACGGUCCAGAAUUUUGUAUCUGUUUUUGGGACUGUUGCUAAAAAGCUGAUGAGGAAGUGGCUGGCUACACAGACCAUGAACUUCACCAGCCAGCUGGGGGCAGGUAUACGGUAUUUUGAUCUUAGAAUUUCCACCAAGCCCAGAGAUCCAGACAAUGAGCUCUACUUUGCUCAUGGUUUAUUCAGUGCCAAAGUCAAGGAGGGUCUGGAAGAGAUCAAUGCGUUUCUUGCUGACCACCCAAAAGAAGUGGUCUUUCUGGAUUUCAAUCACUUCUACGGGAUGCAGAAAUACCAUCAUGAAAAGCUUGUCCAAAUGCUCAAAGACACAUAUGGAAACAAAAUGUGUCCUGCUAUAUUUGCCCAUGAAGUAAGUCUCCAGUACCUGUGGGAAAAGGAACACCAAGUCCUGGUGUUCUACCACAGUCCAGUGGCUCUUGAGGUAGCAUUUCUUUGGCCAGGCCAGAUGAUGCCAGCUCCCUGGGCAAACACAACAGAUCCUGAAAAGCUGAUUCAAUUCCUCCAGGCAUCAGUCACUGAAAGAAGAAAGAAAGGUUCCUUCUUUAUAUCUCAAGUAGUGUUGACACCAAAGGCUAGUACAGUGGUGAAAGGGGUUACUAGUGGUCUCAGAGAAACGAUCACAGAAAGGGCUCUUCCUGCAAUGAUGCACUGGGUCAGAACUCAGAGACCAGGAGAAAGUGGUGUGAAUAUUAUCACUGCAGAUUUUGUAGAACUCGGCGACUUUAUCAGCACAGUCAUAAAACUCAACUAUGUUUUGGAUGGAGGUGAAGAUGACACUACCUGAUAGUCCUAUAAUAUGUGUCUUGUUGCAUCAUUUAGAGUAAAAAAAAAGUAAAAAUAAAAGAUUGCAUUUUAAAAGAAUUGUCUUGUAAAACACUAAUCUUCCUAUGACACACUGAGGUGUUUAGGGCUUUAGUGGGUGGGCUUAGGGAAAAUGUUUUAACCAGUUGUGAUCAUUUUUUACAUUUGUUUCAUGUGAAGAGCAAAACUAAACACAUUUACAGUGUUUGAUAAAAGAAGGCCAUUUACAUGUUCUCCAUGAGGUACCAAAUGCGAUUUAUGUGUCUUCUAUGGUUACAAAUAGUGCCAAGAAAUUUGCUGCUUUUGGAGCAGUGGGAUGUAUAUUGCCCUCUGCCUGCUUACAGCAGGAUUCCCGAUGGUAUGAGCAUUGCACCGGGAGUUUGAGGGCAGUAUAUCUGGCCCACAAAUUUUAAGCCGCUACACUUCAUCUGUUAUGUUGGUUUAACUGGUUGUAUAUAUCGGUGAGUUACAGUAAAUGCCUUUGUGAAGUAAAUCCAAAGUCAUGCCUCAUGCACAAUCAAUGGACAGUUAACAUGAUAUAUUAUGUAGCUUGCAUAGGGCACAGACUAAAUCCUGCUUGCUUCUCAUUCUCAAAAUGGGAUUUUCCACUGUCUACCCCAGCUCAAGUGGGUAGAUAUGUGGUGCUGGUCUAAAUCUGUAUAGGAGCUGCCAGUGCAUAUUUUCCCUUGUUCUAGCAGGAGCAAAGUUAGGCCAGCUUGGAGCACCAUUUCGUCCCAGAAUUAAUCUUCUGUAAAAGCUUGAUCCAAUGUCCACUGAAUUUAAUAGGAAAAUUUCCUGUAUUUAGCAUGGACUGGGGAUAGGAUCAGCAAAUUGUGUGUACUGUAAGGUGGGCAGGAUUUUGUCCCAUAGUAGAAACCUGCUUUCUGCAGGACUAAAACUGCACUUAAAUAAUAAGUGCAGUCUAAGCUUUUCCUUGAGGCAGCUGCGAACAAAACUCUUCUCUGCUGAUUGCAAAAAAGAUCAGUGCCAGUUUCAUCAAUGAAAAAUUGCUGUACUAAAAAGUGUAGUAGUUCAGUUUCUAGCUAAUAAUAAUACUCUGUAGUCCUUAUAUUGUUCUGGGGAUAUAAUACUGCAUAACACAAGGUUGGAAGUCUACUGAAUGGCACUGUUCUGGCAGCAAAAUCACCGGUCAUGCAACUUUUAAUGAAACUUAUAUAAAACUCAAAUACAUGAAAAACUUAGUGAUGAAUAAAAUGAAAGAACUGCCACUGUAUUACACCUAACUGGAUACAGUGCAAUCAGUCAUAUCUCCUGAACAUAUCAAUGCCCAGGCACAUAACUUUGGAAAGCAAAACAUUUCAUUUGUGCAAAACAAUAGAUGCUUGAUAUCUUACAAGGAAAAUGUUCUUUGAAAUAUUGUAGGGCUUUCUGGGUUCCCAUUAAGGUCAAGUUUCUGUUGAUAUUACUCGAACUUUUGAUUGAGAGAGAAGAAAGAAUGGCAUCAUAUGGUCCUUUGCUACUUUCUGUCAGAUGACAAGGAAUACCACCUACCAUCACAGUUUAGAAAAUUAAAAGUGGUCUUAUUGAGCAGGUGGGUUACAGACAGAUUGCAGGGGUUCUCUUGGUUUUAGUUUGGGAAGCAGAAGAAAUGAACAGUUGCUGCUAUUUUGUAUUGAGAGUGUGCCUUGGAAAAAGUAUGUGUGUGUGUGUACUAUAAAGAAACAUUGAAGUGUAUGUAUAGUAUAAUGACACAAUAAUUAAAUGUAUGUAUAUGAUACAAAGACAUCUGUGCAUACAUUCAUAAUAAUAUUUUGGUUUCUGUACAGGGAUAAUAUAAAUUUGGUUGAAAUAAAACCUGUACAGCUGUUAUGAAGUUAUGCCAUCUCCUUCAGCAGCAGCUUUUUUUUCCUAUAUAGGUUAGGACUGUAUGAGGUGAAUCUUUUAUCCUAAAUUGAAUGACUCUUACAUCCAAUGUAGUGAUAUAAGACAGUGAAAUCUGUGAUCUAAACCAAUUGAGUGUUUUACAGCAUUAAAACUUUACCCAAACUGCCUCAAAAAUUUACCAAGAAUCACUGUCCAUCUUUGUAUUAAAAGAGGGGUAGGACUCUAGUGCUUUCACCCACAACUAAGCAAGAUACUAGGUGGGUUGAUGCACAUUGUAUCAGUCACCUUAGGCUGUUCAAGCAAAAUUUAUGUAACAGACACAAAAAAUGAAACAUGAGCAUAUGUUUUUUUUAACCCACCCUAUGUGGGCAUCCCACAUAGAAACAUGGAAGUAUUUGCUUAUUUAUUAGCUAUGUGGUGUGAAAGGCUCUCUUCAUUUUUCUGUUUGGCUGGAUUUGUUUGCUUCCAGACUCUUCCUGUCAUCCUUCAGCUGCUUAAGUAUAGUCAAAAGAGUUAAUAUCUUAACAUCCUUUUAAUAUAGUGAAGUAAUCUGGAUCUUUGGGUAGAGUGAAAUCUAGGCUUCUUUCUUUGGAUUCUGAUUGAAAUUCUCUUGCACCUGAGAGCAUCAAUAACAGCGAGUUCCUGCUGGGAACCCCAGCUCAAACUCACAUCAGACACGCUGAGCUUUAUGCUUACACAGAGGUGUGCUCGAAGCAAAUGUUCUGCUGUAUUUAAGAAAAGCGUGUGUGUGUGUGCCUGUAUAUAUGAAUAAUUAUAGAGAUAUCCUGAGCUUGUUAGCAUUGUUAUUAAAUGUUCGCUUAGCGUAAGUCUUAUUCUAAUUGUCAUAUGGGUGCUGGAAAUAAAAGCAUGGCAAAA